AUGAGAAGCCUCAAGUCUCUUCGCGGCAACCCGUUCCGUCUCGGUUCCUUGCUGGCCCUCGCCUGCUUGACAUCUGCCCAUUCAUGGAUCGAGUACGCCUACGUACUUGCCCCCAAUGGUACAAUGGUCGGAAACAUUGGCUACCCACGAGGAUACCAGCCUCGUAUUACGUCUGGCUGGACCGACAAAAUCCCCCAGUGGAUACUCCCUGAAAAUGGAACGGCAUUUUACACCGGUAAAGAAAUCUUGAACAAGUACCCCUUUGAACAGAAUCCCAAGCAGCCUGUGCUUGAAGCCGCCCCCGGAGACCAUAUCGCCCUCCUGCACCUCGAAAACGGGCAUGUUACCUUGCCCCAGACUCAGGCCAACAAGCCUAAGAACCGAGGCACCAUCUACCUUUACGGCACCAGCGAGCCCAGUGAAAACGAGAAACUGUUUGACGUCCAUCUCCUCUGGAACAAGGAUGGCACUGGUGGUAAUCAGAAAGGAGUCCUUCUUGCAACUAGAAACUACGACGAUGGUCGGUGCUUCCAGCCUAACACUGCGGACAUUACGAACCAGCGCGUCGCCGAGUGGAAAGACAACGGGGCCCAGAACUCACAGGAGUUGUUGUGCCACUCUGAUUUGAAGCUUCCCGACAACUUGAAGCCCGGCAGCUUUUACACCAUCUACUGGUACUGGGACUGGCCGGCCCUGAACCCAGACAAGAUUAACAUGGACAAGACUGCGGAUGGACGUUUUCCAUGGGCCGGGUCGUUUAUGCGCGGCGACAAGGUUCCCAAUGGGUGGACCAUGGAUACCAUUCGCCGCAAUGAGAGCUACAGUAGUGUGAUUGAUAUCAAGAUUGUCGAGAAACCAAAGGGGUUUGCGGGCAAGGAUGCCGGAAAGGAGGAGUGGGUGUCUAAGCAGAAUGUUUACUCCAUGGGUGUCCAGGACCAGAUGGCCAACAACUUCCAGGUCAAUGUUGACGGUCUUGAGAAUAGCGGCACGGGCUCUGCACCCACUUCUGCGCCUGCUUCUGCUCCCGCCUCUGCUCCCGCCCCGACCGGUAGUUCACCUGCUGCGAGUUCCGACGCUGGCGGCGUUGCUACCGUCACGCAAUAUGUCACUGUGCCUCCUACCACGCUCAUCACCACCGUCUUCAAGACUGUCGGUGGUGGCUACAAAAAGGUCCGCCGAUCUGAGCCGGCCCCGGAGCAAUCGAUGCUCAGGCUUACGAAUCACGGAACCGAUGAAGCCCCUUUCACCACUGCCUCUCCGACAGGCACUCCAGACCAGUCUGCCGCUAAGCAAGUGUCCUCGGCAGCGCCGUAUGACCGGCGCCGAGCCAGAUGGUUCUAA